AUGUCGCUCAAAAUGACGGAGGGGCGAUAUUUGAAGAAAGAACAAUUAUCAGGAUUUGAAUACUACAAGUACAAUUCAGUGGAUACUAGUCCUGUCAGCAACUAUGUUAUGCAUCCAUUUUGGAAUUGGAUUGUUAAGCUCGUUCCACUUUGGGUAGCUCCUAAUGUGCUAACAUUUGUUGGGUUUUUGUUGACGGUUUUUAAUGCCCUGUUGUUGGCCUUUUAUGACUACCGUUUUCGUGCCUCAAGUGAUGAUUAUCCAGACUUUGCUCCUAUUCCCUCCUGGGUAUGGAUUGUGUGUGCAAUAAACCAAUUUCUUGCUUAUACUUUAGAUGGAAUUGAUGGGAAACAUGCCAGAAGAACUAACUCCACUGGACCACUUGGGGAACUCAUGGACCAUGGGAUAGAUAGUUGGUCCUCCCUCUUCAUGCCAAUGUGCCUGUAUUCAGUAUUUGGUUGUGGAGAAUAUAGCUGCAGACCUUUGCGUGUCUUCUUCAUUUUGUGGAAUAUUCACAUAUGUUUUGUUCUGUCACACUGGGAGAAAUACAACACAGGAAUCUUGUAUCUACCAUGGAAUUAUGACAUCUCACAAUUUAUGUUAGUAGUGGCUUAUUUGAUUGCGUACUUCAAAUCCUACAAAUUUUGGAAAUUCAUGGUGCCUGUUUUAAAUGUCACUAGUGGACAGGUAGUGGAGGUUUUUCUUCAUGUUUGCAGUUUGGGAAUGUCUCUGCCAGUGAGUCUAUACAAUAUUUACAAAGGCUAUAAAUCUAACAUUCUCAAACAUAAAACAUUUUAUGAAAGCAUGUGUCCACUUUUUCCUGUUAUGAUUCUUUUCAUCAUAACUUCCCUAUGGGCUGUCUUCUCUCCAAGUGAUAUAAUGAAUACAGAUCCUCGAAUUUUUUUCUGGAUGGUUGGAACAGUAUUUUCCAAUAUUUGUUGUCGUCUCAUCAUCAGUCAAAUGUCUAUGACACGGUGUGAAGCUUUCAAUUUCAUGCUGUACCCAGUAGGGUUAACAAUGGCACUAGUGUUUGGUGUUCCUGUCUUUGGCCAGAAAGAAAACCUUAUUUUAUGGAUACUGACUGUGUUCUGCAUUGUGGCCCAUAUCUAUUAUGCUGUUAGUGUGGUACAAGAGAUGUGCCAACAUUUUGAAAUCAGCUGUUUUUCCUUGAAGAAAACAUCAAAAGAUUGAUAACUUGUAGAAAUUAUAAACAGAUUUCUGUGACCAGUCUUCAUGUUCAAAGUUAAUGUGCUUUCAUAAUUAACUGUUAGUGUGCUAUGAUUCCUGCCUAUUUAAAUAUGCACUUCUUUGACUACUUACUACACCCUUUUCAAAACAUAUAUUUGGCUACAACAUGAACCAUUGUGCUUGUAAGAGAACUGUUUUUUUAUGCUAACUAUUUUUGGUUAACUUAAUAACAUUGUAUCAAGUAAGAUGUCUUUGGUAUAUAACCUGUGGACCCUUUUAUUAUUACUGUUAUUAUCACUAUGGUAGCUUAAUCAGCAUAAAACGUUUUUUAGAAUUAAAUAAAAUUAGGUGUGUGUUGGUUUGAACCAUCAAUAUAUUGAAAGAUUGACAUUUUGGUCAACAUGUUAAACAAUUGUAGUUUAAUCAUUAAACAUUUCAUAUUUUCUUCAGUUUGACAGACAAUAGAUGUAAGGUGUUUGUCUUGUUUCUUAGUUACUAGAUCAAUUAGUUCAUUUUCUGAUUUUUCUUGUCACUGAGUGUAAUAUCUGCUGAUAUUACUUAAAACUGGAGACUUCAGAUGAUUGUAUUAUUGGUAGUAUUAUGUAAAUUAGAUAUCAGAAAGUGAACUUAAUUUUGGAGCUUUAAAUAAACCUAUUACCUAUCACUGUAUUAUUCAUUACUUUUUGCUUUUCUGCCUAUGCUCUUUUAACUUAUCUGUUUUCUUUAAUCCUACCACAACUUGUGAGCACCUUUCAGGUGUUGAGUUCACACCCACAUAUCAAAUUUCAAACUUUAAGUAAAAAAUAAUUCCAAAUCUAUUCCAACAGUUUUUCUCAGAAAUACUUUAGAAUUUAUCUUUUGCUAUUUUGUAAUAUUUAUUUUGUGUAAUUUUCAAAUAAGAAUGAAAAACAAAUCCAGACUUUCAAGUAUGUUUACAUCUGAACUCUGAUGACUCUCUCCAGUAGUUAAUCUACUUGUUGAUUUUCAGAAUUUUUCUUCCAAUCCAAAAGCAUAGGUUUAUAUUUGCUAACAAAUUAUCAUUCUUUAAGAUAUUAAUUAUCCAUGUCUUGUUUUUCAUGUUUUUCCAUUCUCUUUUAGUGGAUUUCUUACUACAUCCUUUUUUCUUACCCUUUUAUGAUAUCACAGCAUUUGGUCUGAACAAUUAACAAUGAAAGACAACUUUGAAAAUAGAUAUAUAUAUAUAUAACAUUUGAAUGUGAUUGGAUAGAGAAAAUUAUGUACUACACAUAUUAAUAUAGAAUAAAGUGGUAUGACCAGUAAUUUUUGGUUUUUUGGAAAAGUGACUACCUAGGAAUCUCGUGGGAAAUUUACAAGAGUUAGAAACAAAUCACAGACCAGGGAGUUUUUUUGUUUAUAGUUUACUUAGACAGUAAUUUCAUUUCUGAAAAAGUUUUCAUCCUAAAUUACAUCUUUUUGAAAGCUAUGAAAAGUUCCUUCUAUGACAAGAUAUUAGGUAAGGAACUUAGGUUUAGAGAAUAUGGCAAUAGCAAAACAUACAAGUUAUUCAAAUCCUUAUUUAUUGCCAGGUUUAUUGGUUAUUAAGUAAUACAAAAAAUAGAAGUACUUAUUAUUUAUUGAAAUAAAACUAUAUUUUUUAGAUAUAAAUUGAUCUCAACCAAGAAUACUGUUAGAAAAAAUAUCAUUACCUAGCCUGACAAAGAUAAUGAUGAUCCACUAUCAAAGGUCAGGUCCUUGGUGACUGAUAAAUUGUUGUUAAUAUCAUUACCUAGCCUGACAAAGGUAAUGAUGAUCCACUAUCAAAGGUGAGGUCCUUGGUCACUGAUAAAUCAUUGUUAAUAUCAUUACCUAGCCUGACAAAGGUAAUGAUAAUCCACGAUCAAAGGUCAGGUCCUUGGUCACUGAUAAAUCAUUGUUAAUAUCAUUACCUAGCCUGACAAAGGUAAUGAUGAUCCACUAUCAAAGGUCAGAUCCUUGUCACUUAUAAAUCGUUGUCAAUUUUUACUGUGUAUUUUACUGUUUAUUUGUAGAAGUGAUUACUGCAGUUGGUAGAAUAAAGUAUAAAAAAAUAUAGUAAUGAACACCAGUCAAAUUGAGUCUGCCAGUGGUACAAUGGUAAGUCUACAGAUUUAUAAGGCUAAAAUCAGGGGCUUGAUUCCCCUUGAUGGAUACAACAGAUGGCCCAAUGUGGCUUUUCUAUAAAAAACACACACACAUCAAUCAAAUUGAAACUGAGUAGAUGUAUAAAAUGGGACUUUCUGAUCAACAAUAAAAAAUAUAAUUAUAUGAUGAAAAAGAAGUAUUUUAAUCUGUUUUAAAAACAGUGUCUCACAACAAGAUUUUAAACAAGUUAUAAAAACUGAAUCAGAUUUUAUGAUUUCUUUAAAAGCCAAAGCUAGAUAGUAUUUAGUUAAACUGUAAUAAGAUUCAUGCAGUCUUGUUAAGUACUUACACUGUCAAAGGAAAUGUUUAGUGGGAUAUUAGUGUCUGAAGUGUUUAGGGUUGAGCUACUGAGAGCAAUGAAAUAAAAAUAGUUUCCUUUAAUAGUCACAACUUACAUAUUUUAUCAUAGUUUAAAUGACUUCACUCUUCUUAAGGAAUUAAAAUAUUAUUGACAAGACUUUAUUGAAUAUCUUGUCAGAUUCAUUUUCUAGUCAAUUUCUCUUUUCAUGUAUCAAAACUUGAAGCUUAAGCAAAUAUAAAUUUCUAUGACUGAAAUUGUUGUUGUUGUAUUCUUUUGACAUAAUAAUUGUUUUCCUUCCUUUCUAUGUUAUGCAUGUAUCACAUGUGUAGUCCUUAGAGUUUUAUUCUAUCAGUUUUUUAGAUUUUACACAUUCAUUUCAGGUCUUCUGUGUUCAAAUAAAAAAUAUUUUCAUGCCACAAACUAACAAAUGCAUUUUCUUUUAAUAUUUAAAAAAAUG